AUGGACGUUGUAGUAUUUUCGCAGAGGCUAAAAAGGCUGUUAGCAGGAGAUGAAGGUGUUUUGCCGGAUGAAGCUAAGGAAGUGCUUCGGAAGAUUCAAACUAAUUUUGAAGUUAUGACUUCCUUCAUAAGGGAACAUCAACACAACCUUAAUGGCAAUUUCUAUCGUGACUAUGAAUCAAAUCCACAAUUCUGGAAUAUCAAAAACCAACUGAUCGACCAUUCUCAUCAAUCUGAUUCGGUCAUCGACAAAUUCUUGCUCAACAUCGAUCAAAUAGAAGAUUCUUCCUCUUCCUCGUCAUUUACUGUGGAGAGGAAGAUGGAGCUUUUUCAUGAGUUCGAAAGAGGCCACAACGACGGAAUUGAAUUACUGAGGUAUCUCAUGCACGAAGGUGAAGAGAUUGCAUCAAAGCUACCUCAAGUCAACUAUUCUUCUCCUUCGUCACAGAGAGGAGUGAAGGUACAGAGGAGGGAAAAGGAACUCAUCAACAAACCCCGGUUGGUGGGUCGUGAAGUAGAGACAAAGAAAUUGUUAGAUCUUUUGAUUGAGGGGGACCCGUCACUUUCCGCAAUUUCAAUUACUUCUGAUCAUGAUGGUUCCGGGAAGACUUCACUCGCUGCUGAAGUUUACAACAGCAAUUACGUUAAGAACUAUUUUGAUUGCCGGGCUUGGAUUGUGGUGUCCUUUAACUACAAUUUCCACAAGAUACUAGACGACAUUUUGAAGUCUGUGAUGCCUUCUUCCUCAUUGAGCGAUGUUAUGGAUAAAGAUUUUGAGUUCAAGAGAAAUGCUCUUCGUGAUUUCCUGACAAAUAAAAAAUACUUGAUUGUAUUGGACGAUCUUUGGGAUAAUGCUUCUCGGAGUGAUUUCAACCAGGCCCUUCCUGAUGAUCAUAACGGAAGUAGAGUACUUAUAACAGCAAAAUAUUUUAGAGUUCGUUCUUACUGGGGCGGCCGUGGUCUUGAAAUUCGGUUACUAUCAGAAGAAGACAGCCGGGAUAUGUUACUUGAAAUGGUUUUUAUCAAAGAGGGCAGUCGGCUUGAGUUAGACCCUCUCAUAAAUUCAUUGACAAAAUUUUGUGGGGGGUGGCCUUUAGCCAUCUUCUGCAUUUCAGGUUUGUUGUCAGAGAAGAAUAUUCAAGAUCUUUCCUUGAAGCUGAAUCUUCACAAUGACGAAGCAGCAAAAUUACAAUUGCCAUCUACCGGUUGGAUUCUGUCUUACUCUUACCUGAAUCUACCUUUGAACUUGAGACCCUGUUUUCUUUAUUUUGCUGUCUUUCCUGAAGGCUUUGAGAUAAUCACAUGGCACUUGUAUCAGCUUUGGAUUGCUGAAGGUUUCAUUCAUGAUAACAGUGAGGCAACAGCUGAGGAGUACUUGAAAGACCUAGUAGAUGCGGGCUUUGUUCAAGUAAUUAAGAGAACAUCUGGAGGUAGAAUUAAAACAUGCAACAUUAAUCAUGGUUAUACCCAGGAUACUUUAUUUAGAAUGGUUGAGAUGGAGAAGUUUAUCCACUUUCAUCUUAAAAUUGAACAAAAUCUGCCACUCAAAAUGUACAAACGGCUCUCUAUUCAUUUUGAUGCCAGCAGAUUUGUACGUUCAAAGUACUCUGUCCCAUAUAUCUCUUCUCUGUUGUGCCUUCACUCAAAAAGCGACAAUCUGACCGAGAUAGAUUGCAGUUGCAUUUCUGAAAAUUUCAAACUCCUCAGGGUAUUAGAUUUGGGUACUCUGGUUCUCCAACAAUAUCCCACUGGAAUACAAACUUUAUUUCUUCUGAGGUACUUAAAGUUGAAUAUUCCUUCCCUCACCAGAAUUCCUCCACAGUUAUGCAACAAUCUUCUCAACCUGUACACUCUGGACAUGCCAGAAACCUCCAUAGAUGAUACAACAGAUGAUAUUUGGAAGAUGCACAAACUGAGGCGUCUGAAUUUCAAGCUCAUCAAAUUGCCUGCACAUCCUGGGAAAUAUUGUAACUCUCUGGAAAAUCUCAAUUUCAUAUCAACCUUACACACCAGUAGUUGUACUCAAGAUAUACUGAGCAGAUUGCCUAAUCUUCGAAGUCUUCAAAUUUAUGGAAACUUGAGUUCAUAUCAAUCUACGCUGUCCAAAAGCCUCGGUGAACCACUCAGUCUUGAAUCAUUGAAGCUGGUGAAUGAAAGUGAGAUCUCAAAGCUCUCAUCAAUUAAGCUGAGCGAGUAUCAGUUUCCUCCACAACUGACCCAACUGAGCUUGUCAAAUACUGAACUGAAGGAUGAUCCCAUGCCGACACUGGAGAAACUACAACAUCUUAGGAUCCUCAAGCUGAAGCACAAUUCUUACACUGGGAGAAAGCUGACUUGCACCACUGGUGGUUUCCCAAAGCUCGAGGUUUUGCAUCUGAAAUCAAUGCUGUGGCUAGAAGAGUGGACAAUGGAAACAAAAGCCAUGCCAAAACUCGAAUGUUUAGUUAUCAAUCCUUGUGCUUACUUGAGGAAGCUUCCUGAAGAGCUAUGGCACAUUAAGACUUUCAACAAAUUGGAAUUAUGGUGGCCACAGCCAGAGCUAAAGCAAAGACUAAACGAUUUUGAGGAUGUGGAGCGAUAUGACAUUCAGAUUUACCCAUAUGGACUUUGA